GAACCCGCCUACAGAAACGUCAAAGCGGGUUCCAUACAGGGCCUUAGCGAGCCACAGGGUAACCAAUCGAGAAAUGGAACCAACGAACCGUCGAUGUCUACGUCCAAACAAUAGCCGUUCGUUUGUAGUAUUCAGAAUGGGACCCGCAUUUCUCCGCCAGGUUAAGAUUUUCCGGCGAUAAAAAAUGGAAGUGUUUUGUUUACUGUAAUUUUAUUUGUUCUAAACAGAAAAUUUAAUUUCCCUGUCCGUCUAUUUUAUUUGCUUAAUCUAUUUUGACCAUAUUUCUUCAACACAUCGGCUUCCCCUCUCUCUCUCUAGAACGCUACCUUGUUUUUCUCUCUCCCGAGCUCUGCCCUUAGAUCUGACAAGACUGUCGGACUCUGUCGAUGGCUUCGAAGCGGAUCCUGAAGGAGCUCAAGGAUCUUCAGAAAGAUCCUCCUACUUCAUGCAGCGCCGGUCCUGUAGCUGAAGACAUGUUCCAUUGGCAAGCCACAAUAAUGGGGCCCCCUGAUAGUCCUUAUGCUGGAGGUGUCUUUCUAGUGACGAUUCAUUUUCCUCCCGAUUAUCCUUUUAAACCCCCGAAGUUUGCUUUUAGAACCAAGGUCUUUCACCCAAAUAUCAACAGCAAUGGUAGCAUAUGCCUCGACAUACUAAAGGAGCAGUGGAGCCCAGCCCUGACUAUAUCAAAGGUGUUGCUUUCUAUCUGCUCCCUCUUGACGGACCCAAACCCAGAUGACCCUCUGGUUCCGGAAAUCUCUCACAUGUACAAGACAGACAGAGCUAAGUAUGAGUCAACUGCUAGGAUCUGGACCCAGAAAUAUGCAAUGGGCUAGUCUAAUAAAUUGGUAAGAAAAAGUUUAGGAUAUUGUUUCCUCAUUACUCACUGUGUAUAAAGCAACUGUGCAUUUGUGGCGAUUGCUCCUGUAGUAUACUAAAUAGACAAAGUGAAGACUAGAUGGAAAGCUGGCUGAUGUUGUAUAUGGAACUGCUGUAUGAUCAUUAGAUAAUGUUGUUGCAUAAAAUCGAGUGCGGUAGACUGACCGAAAAUAGUAACGGACAAUGAUAUGAAAGCCUUGUAAUAUGACUAAUAAUAGAAAGCCCACUAUGUAAUGACAUCAAAGUCCAAUAAAGUGACACGAGUUAGUGAUUGAUUUUA